UUACACUGGGUAUAUAAAGAGCAAACCAACUAAUGAUAGCGUAUUCGAUUAUAUUUCCUUGAAUUGUUAAGAAACAUGAAUCCGGUGAUACUUGGACUGGUGCUUUUAGCUACAGCGUUAGCAAGUUCUAAUGCUGAUAUAUCAACUCACAACUUGGAUCCUAGAAUCGUGAAUGGUGAGGAUGCAAGCCCAAACGAAUUUCUAUACCAGGCUUCGCUUCAAAGCAACCACCAUCAUUUUUGCGGUGGAUCGGUGCUUAACAAGUAUUACGUUCUCACCGCUGCUCACUGCGUCUAUGAUGAAGAACCUAGCCAAGUCAAAGUUAUCACCGGAACCAAGGACUUAAAAGGCUCUCCAACAUUCGUGCAUCAAGCUGUGAAGUUUAUUGUUCACGCUAAAUACAACCCUUUCAAUAAUUGGAUCAACGACAUAGCCUUGAUCAAGGUGAAUAAGCCAUUCGAGAUCGGACCACAUCUAAGCUUCGUUCCUUUACCGCAAGCAAAUCAAAAUAUUCCAGAUGACUCACGUGCUAUUGUAUCGGGAUGGGGUAGGAUCAGAGAAUAUGGACCAAGCUCGAGAACAUUGAAAAAAGCAACCAUCUACAUUACCAAUCAAAAUACUUGCAAGGAUAUCUAUGGACAAAUAUAUGACACGCAAAUUUGCGCCGGUGAUCCCAAGAUCGAGAGAGGAGCAUGCAACGGUGACUCUGGUGGCCCCCUCACGGUCAACGGAAGCAUUGUCGGGAUCGUAUCAUGGUCAAACGGAUGUGGUCUUUCUAAGUUCCCCACUGUGUACACUCGCGUUCCUUCUUACAUAAAUUGGAUUCAAGAAAACGCAGUUUAAAGUAGGAAAAGAUGGAAACUGUGCGACAUAACACAAAGUUUACCGCUAAUUAUUAAUACAGAUGUAUUGAUAGCGGAACAUUACUCACUAUUCAUUUGUCUUUAAUAUCAAUUUAUAUUUUUAACCAAUUAUUCUAUAUAACGUAUUAAAGAGAAGAAUAAAAGGAUAUAGUUCAUCAUAGGAUAACAUUUAAACCGCAACAGCAUCUAUAACAAUAGAUAAUUAACUUUAUGUAUGUCGGGUUAACGUUAUGAUUAAGGAUAGGGGCGUGUAAUAAAUCUCUACUGGAAUUGGC